AUGGACGAACCGGGCUGCUCUUGGCCUUUCUGGAAGUUUGGGAUGAAGAGAGAUGAUCUCUCUACCAAACUACAAGAUGAAUACAACACCAUUCCCUCCAACAUCCAGGACCCCGAAGCAUUCCAUCACGAUGUCUACGAGAUCUCUCGUAUCGCCGACACUGCCGACGAAUUCCACCGCAUGAUGGCCGACCGUAAGGAGCAGCGUCUCAGGGAACUUAACGCGUCGCUUGAUCUCGCUGCAGUCGAGAUCAUUGCUAACCCUAAGCUGGUCGGUACGGGGCAGUGGUCGUACGCUCUGCAGCUCUUCCGGACACGUUCGCUCGACUCCCUCGUGCGACUGUUUUCGAGCUACCUGCCUGACGACUAUUCUUGCACGCAAGGUUACUACACGGCUUCAUCUAACGGCACUUCCUUCAGCGAUCGUUGCAGCUCUCGUACGGCGAGCACGAACCUGAGCAGCCUCGACGAUGUGGAUGGUCCCUGUUUCUUUAACGAUGACGAAAACCCCGUUAUGACGCAUGAACCUUUACACAUUUCAACUUCCAUUUCUUCUUCCGCCAUUACUACGGAGCUUCCUCCCUCCCCCGCUCCAUGA